AUGGUUGAGGAGCUCAUCCAAACGUUCAGCCGAUCUCUCCAAGAUGUGCCUCUUGUCAGUCAGCGGUUGAGUUCCAUCUGCACUGAGGAGGGGAGAAGAGCCAGAAUACUGUGGUCCAUGAACAGUCUUCAAGGCAUCAUAGAAGCGCUUGGUGCCAUGGCUGUCUGCCUAACUCUGGAUUUCAUUGGCCUUCUGGCUAUACUUACUAUUACUGUCACGCGGAACUUCAUUUGCACCUUUUGUUUCGCGUUUACAAAGGCAUCUGUCCUUGCUUGUAACGGGAGUUCAUUCUGGAGUGUUCGGAACAGUUGGUGUUUUUCUUACAGCAGUGCCUAUACCUCUUCCUCAUUCUCAUCGAAGCAGUCGUGAUUGCUGCGGGUUGUUAGUCCCAGGUCUUCACAUGCAGUAGGGUAGACUGCAUCUCUGAAGGCUUCCCACUACUCUUCGAUGUUGUCCUGACCAUCCCGGGGUGUGACAGGCAGCCGUCCUUCAAGGUCACUGGAGUAAUCUUCAGUAACUUGGCUGCUCUUCAGCCUGGAGACAUUAAGCCCCUUUGCAGUAUUUUGCCCUUGGGGUCUUCUUAUUGGCGGGAUGCGAAGUUUGCACUUCACCAGGAUGAGUCGAUGGUCAGUCCAACAGUCGCACCGCACAUGGCCCUUGCCGUUCUCACGUCCUGCCUGUUCGUGUUCCAAGUGAUGACAUAGUCAGUCAAAUGCCAAUGUCUAGAGCGUUGGUGCAUCCAAGAUGUCUUGUUACGUAUACCCAAAACACAGUGGACUUUUUUAUUAUACUAUGAAGACGGUAUAUAUUGGUUGUAACACAACUCUUGACGUUAAUAUCUUGCAGAAAGAUAUCGAAGAAAAUGGGAAACCUGAGUCGUCUGUCCUCCCUUAUUGGAAAUGCCAGCCUUACAUCAGGUUUGUAUGUGCAUGCUGUUGUUUUUUGUCUAGUCUUCAGCAGUAAGCGACACAAUAUUCCUUACAAUAUAUCUGUGCAAUAUUUCUUUAUUUCUCUUCUCUCUGUUUAAUGGUAAUGCUCGCUUUUUUCUUCUCUGCAAACAAAUUGUAAACUGUAAUACGGCCGUCAUCAAAUAGAAUCAGGAGUACGACGGCCACAUUUUGACACUAUCCCGAGUUUAAAUGUAGUCAGAGAACAUGCGCUUGUUUCAAAGAGUAGCACGAAAUUACUGGUCACCCGGUGGUUUUCAUUGUGGCCUACAAAUAAGGACAAAAACAGAUAUUUGAAAUAAACAUAAUGUUAAGAAUCCCAGCUGUCCGGAGACGAACCAUACCAGUAGGCUAUUUACAAGUGUGGCCGAGGAGUUGAAAUUGGGACUACCGAGAACAAAGUCCAGCUAGCAGUUAGGGCACGGAUUGAACUCGGGGCUUCCUAUCUAACCGGGCCAAAGUGCCUGCUUCCCAUUGCUCGUAACUUACAUUGAACUGUGGUCCGUAACUACAGGGCAAAUUCAGGAGUCAAGAGAACUUUAGACGAAGUGAAAGAAGAUGAAGAAAGGCACAAGGAAGUGAUUAAAAUGAGGAAAAUGCGAAAAGCUAUGAAGAAAGAGAAAGUGCGCGCGCGAAGAGGUAACUGAAACUUUUUCUAUUAGCGUAGUUUGUUACGUUAGAAAUAUUCGUAACUGUAAAGAAGGUUAUCUCUUUCAACCCCAAAAGAGGCCCGGCAAAGACAAAAUUCAACAAUAUUUUCAAAAUUUAAUUUGGUUAAAUGCGAAAGUACCGUCUGGUAUGUUUCAUUUUAAUGGUCACGCCAUAGGAUUUUUUUCUAAAAGUAAAACCACCUUUCGGGACUCUAUCGUUCACUCCUUGGGUGAAAGGGAGACCUGCUUAUUAAGUCGGUCACUUUUUUGGCGCCGACAAAAACAAAUAAAUAAAUAGUGAUUAAGAGGUAGCGCAUACACGAAGUGGUUCUUCGUCUACCUGAUUUCUGGUCGAAUUUGAAUUUGAAAAUGUUGGUUUUUGAGUAGAGGGGAAAAUCGGAGUACCCGGGGAAAAACCUGUCGUAGCAAGGGAGAGAGCCAACAACAAACUCAACCCACAUAUGGCGUCGACGCCGGGAUUUGAACUCGGGCCACAAUGGUGGGAGGCGAGUGCUCUCACCACUGCGCCAUCCCUUUCUCCCCAAAUGAUGUAUACUUACUGUAUAAUGAAUUGUUUUGUUCAGAAAGGACGUGGGAUAUCUGUACAAAGUGUGAAGUUAAUCCCAAGGUACAGUGAAGUAAACGAUGUUAAUAAUCCAUGUUUUUCUAUUAUAGCUUAGUUUUUUGUUAGUCUCACGAUGAAAACCAGCAGGAAUCUUCGUCUGAAACGUCGCGAUCAAUGUCAAAAUGAUUAUUGUAAGGCAAACUAUAAACUAUCAUAUCAAAAGUAAAACAUUUUGAAGUCUACUUUUCUUAAAUGAGUUUUUUUAGAUGAACUACCUAGUUUUGUGCAAGGGAAUGAAUGUGGAGUAUGAACACCCAUUUCGUGAACUAAAAUGUCUACUUUAAUUUAAUUUUCAGGGUUUGAAAUGUUUAUUCAACUUAUGUCGCGUUUGUUGUCGCGACCGUAAGACGACUGCCUUUACUCAACACUGCCCAGGUAA